GGGGCGGGGCGACGGCGGCGGAAGCGGCGGCCGGGCGCAGCCCCCCGCCGCCAUGUGGUCCGUAGUCUGGGCGGCCGUGCGUUCCAAGGCCCCGUACGUCACCUUCCCCGUGGCCUUCGUGGUGGGGCUAGUGGGCUACCACUUGGAGUGGUUCCUCCGCGGCGACCCCCAGCCCGCGGCCGAGGAGGAGAAGAGCAUCUCGGAGCAGCGGGAGGACCGCAAGCUGCAGGAGAUCGCGGGCAAGGACCUGACCAAGGUGGUGAGCCUGAAGGACAAGCUUGAGUUUGCCCCUCGGGCCGUGCUGAACAGAAACCGCCCGGAAAAGAGUUAAUAAAAUUGUCUGGGCAAAAGAAGUGCCCUGGAGCGACUGUCCUGGGGCUGGGAGCUGGCUGUGGACUCCUGUGUCACUUGCACAUCAUCCACCAGCCUCCCUCCUGUACCUGGGCGAUAUGCUGUGCCCAUUGCUGCUCUUCACCCUCCCAGUGCCCUCUGAAAGGUCAAAGUUUUCUCACCCUGCAGAUGCACUCAAGACAGCACCCAGACCUCUGUUUUGUGGCAGAGCAGACAGGGAGCUGUGCUCUGGAGAUGGAGCAUGUUUGACACUCAUCAGCUCCGCCUGUCCUAGCCCCUGAACCAUGAAACCAUUCAUGUCCUGGUUCCACCCACGUCUCUUUAGGUUUGGUUUCUUCCAUGGUGUGAAGACAGAAGAAACUUGGACCUGAGUGAUAUGAGGGCAGGAUCAGGCUGACCACCUGCAGCAGGAGGACCUGAUGUCCUGCAGGCAGCUGUCCUGUGGCCC